AAUAAAUGCAUUGCAGGCCUGUGGUUUCAUCUAAUUCCAAUUUAGGGAAAUAAGAAAUAAGACUUACACGCCCCUUCUUGUUGCCUACAGUAGCUGCCACAUUUCCACGUAGCCCCUUCUCUCCUCCUCCCUUUUCUGCAUCCUGGCACUGAUCACCCCUCAUAUAGGCUGCAUUUUUGUGUGUGUGUGUGUGUGUGUGUGAGUGAAGCAUCGGCACCGUACUGCACAGAGAAGGUUAUGAGGAGGUUAUUUCCCCCUCUGACUGCUGCAGGAUUCAUUCAAACGUCGAGCAGCUGCAACAGCUCACCUGAGCGCGGAGAAGGAAACGAGGCAAGGUGCUGUUUGUGCACAGCGGGCGUUUUACACAGAUCUAUUGUUUUCUGCUUCUCCUGCUGCAGCAAGGACCGAGAUACCAGAGCGGCACGGGGAUCCAUGAGAGACGCGUUGAACAGGGAACCGCUUCAGUAUCACGGUCCUGAGGGGGUCCAGCCAUGGAUGCUGGGAGGCUGGAGCAGCAGGUGGCCAGUGUGGACAGAGGCAUUGCCUUCCUAAAGCAGGAGCACCUGGUCAUGCUGACCGGCCUGCAGCUGGAAAUCACACACCUGAAGAGGCGGUGCCAUGAGCUGAGUUGUGAGCUGGACUCCAGGUUUCCUGACAGAAACACAGAAGUGGAGGAAGCAGAGCUAGCAGCGCGCUGUGAGGCUGCAGAGCGUCUCCUGGAGGACCAGCAGUGCAUGAUGGUAGCCGCGCGUGGGGAGCUGCGGGCCAGCCGGGCACGAGCAUCGGCGCUCGGAAGGAGUCUCAGGGACGAGGAGCGAUGUUUCCUGGAGGAGCUGAAACGCCGCAGCCACAAGAUCACGAUGCUGAGUCGUGAGCUGCAACGCCAAAACGUCAUCACUACCAGUCUCUGCCACGAGCUCCACACGGCACGCUUAAAACUAUUCCAGCAACGCCAGACUACCCAGCCUGGUGCAGAGGGACAGACGGAACCGGAAGGGAAACCUGUUGAAAGGGAAGAGGAAGAGGAAGAGGAAGAAGAUGAAGAGGAUGAGGCAGGGGAGGGGUCAGACUGGCUUCUGUCUCCUCCCCCUCCAGCCUCUCCCCUUAAACCAGAGGCGAGACACAAGAGGCGUGUCACCCUGAGGGAGGAGAUGGUCAGAGCCUGCAUCCCACAGGAGAGAGUGACGUCACCACAGAGGCCGCACCCAAUGCCGGACCCCGCCCUCUUCCUGGUGCCGCUUAGAUACCGCCUCCUUCGCUUGAGGCAACCAAUCAGAACACAGGAGGGAGAGGGACUGGAGGACGAGUGGGAGGAUAUAGAGGACAGCAGGGUGCACAGGAGGGUGGACAUGGGAGCAGGAGAGGGAGAAACUGCUCUGUGAUGAAGUUCAAAAGACAAACGUUGUCUUCCAGCAGGACUCGGCCACGAUCGAUCAACAUGUGAUGCUGAUAUUCAAAGAGAAGGGAGAAAUGUAACCUCGUGAUUGUCUGUAGAUUUGAGGAAGUAAGCUAGAUAUUUAGAGUUAGUUGCACAUGAAUGUGAAUUAAAAACAUACACAUUGACAUACUGAAUUUGUCACAUGGAUGGUACAACAUGUACUCUGAAGAUGUGAGGAAAUGACCAGAUGAAAAGAGAACUGUUUCAUAUUGAUGCCUUUUUCAGUUUCACACUGUUGAUCACGGCUUCUGCCUGUAAUUAGUAGCCUUGCCUCUGGGUCUGUGAACACGAACACCCUCCUGUUUAAAGUGGCAGCCUGCUUUUUCACUGCACUAGCCCUGUUCCAGGUUCAGACAGUCACUCUUAAAGGCUUAGGGGAUUUUUGUAUCAUUUGCACUUUAUUAAAUUCAUGCAAUGUGCCUAUUUAUGGCAGAUACGCA